GUACCAGCCACAGUGUGUCAGUGUCUGAGAUCCUAGCAGUCAGGGAGCUCGAUGUGGACAGCAAGACGAAAGAUGACGGCAGGUGGCAGAAAAUGCCUCAGAAAUCGACUGAGGCCUAUCCAUAUGCAUUCACAGGUAAGAAUGUUGACGAUCUUGAGCAAUCUACCGAUAUUAGAUUCAAUAUGGUAGAUGAUACUGCAAAGUAAAUCUAUAUUCUGUUAAGCCUCUCUCCCGUCACUCCCUUUGUGUCCCCCUGCCACAGUGUCCUAUGUGGAGAGAGCCUGGCAGCACCGCUGGCGGUGUAGUGACGUCACCUUCCACUGUCUAGAGGGGGCACUGUGUCAGCAGUGGGUCCAGACCAUCAGAGGGCAGCUCGCAGCACUGAGUAUGGCUGAGUAUUACUGACUCUGUAUUCAGUGUACACUGUUACGUUCACUGAAUAUGCUUUGUGAAGUCUAGUUGCAAGGCUAACUCAGAAAUGAGUAUGGGCCUCAGUCUGUACUGUUACUCAGCCUGCAGCCUACAUUUACCAUGUCACAUGCCCUUCUCUCUGGACAAACCAGUAACAUCUUUCACUUUACUUUUUGUAGCCAGCAGACCCAAGCAUUUGCUGGUGUACAUCAACCCCUAUGGGGGCAAGCAGCAAGGCAAGUGCAUUUACGAGCAGAAAGUCGCCCCUCUCUUCACCUGUGCCUCCAUCUCCACGGACGUGAUUGGUGAGUUCCCACCAACAACAUUAACCAUGCUUUAAUAAAAGAUGAGUGUUUAUGGGCCAAGUCACAUUUCUCACUGUAGGCAAAUGGGCACAAGCUCUCUCAGGCCGCACAGGAUUAUGACAUCAUUUACGGCCGCCAUCCAUCACCCCAGUUCCUUAAUGGAAAGGCUGAUGGUCGAUGAAUACUGGAUUACUUUACAUCCGUUUUACUUCUCAGACUGGAGAACCACUGUGGACAUAGUAAUUUCAUAGUCACAAAUUAUGACCAAUUGUAUUUCCAACAGUAUAGAAGCUUGGGUUGAUAUCAAGAUAUUGAUAGUUGAGCAAGGUGGGUACGAAAUCAUGAAAUCAAACUAUUCCUUUAGCUACAAAUUGUUAUAAUGGUUAGAGAAAGUAAAUUGCUGCUUUGGGACUAGAAUUCUUUAGGGAAAAUGCUUAGUUGAUAUAUUACUCCAAGCUAGUGAAUGAUUACUCCCAUAGUCCAAAAUAUUGCAGAUUAUAGUGCAAAUUAGAAAAACGUCAAGCGAUAUCAUCUAGUCGAUUGUAAACCUGUUCAAUGUAUUGAUUGAAAAUCAUAACUUUUCAAGUGUAUCCCAUCUACAGGAAGCACUUGAAAGAAAAAUGUAAAUCAUGCUGAGAUAUCUAACGCCUUCCUUGUUGUUGGUUGUCAUAGUUACAGAGCAUGCCAAUCAUGCCAGGGACCACCUGAGGACAGAGGCUGAGUUGAAGCAAUAUGAUGGGUGAGUCAUGGUUGGAGACAUUUCCCAGCAAACCAAAAUUGGUUCUGUGAAUGUUCCCCAGAUUAUUCAUUUGGUUGGCCCAAAAAUUCUAAUAACACAAAAACUGUCCAGUUGAGCUGAUGAUUAUACAAUGUUUGUAUAAAAAUAUUCGCCUGAUGUUGCAAGAACUUUCCCAGAAAACCUUUUGUUAUUACGUUACCUAGAAACCUAAUAAGAACAUUAAGGGAAUGUUCUGUGGUGGUUGUUGUUACAUAUGUUGUGCACAUAUUUAAUUUAAAACAUAUUCUGGAAAAAAUAAAAACAAUAUUUGAAUGUUUUUGGGAUGUUGUCAUCCUAAUGUUAAAUUAAACCCUAACUAGAGAUAAUGUUCCCGGUUUGUUAGGUUCUCAAUGUAAUUGUCGCUAUAGUAAUCAAAAGUAUAUCUGGGAAGCCCCUCUUUGUAAUCUGGUUUUCAGCCCAAACGUCACAAAUUCAGAGUUGAACUAAAAACCACCCCAGGCCCAGUAUAUUCUUCCUCUCAAACAGCAAACAAAAACAUUAGUGUUGUUGUUUUGACCUCUGUGUGCGACCUGACCUUUGACCUCAAUGCAGAGUGGUGUGUGUGGGCGGGGACGGCAUGUUCAGUGAGAUAGUUCAUGGCCUGGUCUCCCGGACCCAGAGGGACAACGGCGUGGACCAGAACAGCCCGGAGGAGAAGCUGGUACCCUGCACUCUGCGCAUCGGCAUUAUACCCGCAGGUUAGAGCAUACACACUCACACACAUACCACUAUUUUGACACAGCAAUGAUCAGGGCCAGCCCGCUCAUUAGGCAGCGUUAGGUGGCCGCCAAUGAGAUUGACGAGGGCGGCAUUUUCUGAGCUAAACUGACCAAGAAGCACCUACAACAACACAUAAAACCUCACAUAAUUCUGCCCAAAAAUGACAAUUUCUCUCAACCAGUGGCAUGUGGGCUUUUUAGGUGAGCGCUGAUGCCGCCCUAUGAUAAGCAGUGCCCACUUUGUCAAAGGCAAGGACGCAAAAUAUUGAUUUUGUCCAUUCCCAGUGCGCUUCUCCAGGGUGCUGUUGGAGAGUCGCAUUGCUGCGGCGCUCCACCAACAUUCUGUCAAAAAAAGUAUCUAACAUAAAUCAUGUAGCAGAUAUAGCGUAUGGUAGAAAUAGUAUGUGGCCUUUUCUGUAGCCUACAGGCUGGAGAUAAAAUGGGCCUACCACAUGGAUGGACAUUGAUAAAAUUCCAUUGGGGCCGACAUGGUAGACAACACCCCAGUAAGCGCUGACCGACACCGACGUCUUUUUUUGGUUCUGUCUGGACCUGCUGUCUAUUUUUUGGGUGUUUUACAAACUGUAGGCCUACCACAUAGAUGGGCAUUCCUAAAAUUAAAUGUACGGCCAGGAAUGGGCAACUCAAGUCCUCUGGGGCCUGAUUGGUGUCACACUUUUGCCCCAGGUAACACAACUGACACCAAUAAUAAACUAAUCAUGAGCUUCAGUUUAGAAUGCAAUUAGUUUCAUCAGCUGUGUUGACUAGGGAUGGGCAAAGUGACACCACUCCGGCCCCCGAGGACUGGAGUUGCCCAUCCCUGCUGUAGGCUAUACCUCAGUAAGCACGGAACGAUGCUGACAUCUUUUGGACUUUUCUUUUGUUCAUUCCCGACCGGCCUUGAUUUCCACGUCCACUGACUUUUAUUUUUGGUCCGUUCUGAACCAUGAUGAACCAAUCAUAGAUGUUAAUGUUUGGUUCAGAUUUUAGCCGGUAUGGACCAGCCUUGAUUUGGCCUAAACAUCUAUAAAUUACAUCAUUUCAACUUUCAUUCAGAACCGAAAAUGUACUUGAUUUCAACAUCUGGAAAAUAUGUAUUUUCAACGCCCAGAAAAUACCUAUUUUCAACUUUCAUUCAGAACCGAAAAUGAACCUACCUUCAACGUCUGGAAGAAUACGUCUUUUAGACGUCUUUUCAACGUCAUUUUGCUUAUUCUUGUAGGUGCAGCAAUUUCAUUUGUAUCAUCUAGGGCAGCAGAACGGCCAGGACCGGCCGUGGCAAUGAUCACAUCAUAAGCUAUCAAUAGCUGAUGUUGACAAGUUGCCCCAUCUUAUCGUGUCACGGUUUAUGACCUGACUGUGUCUGUUUACAAACGAAUACUUCAACGAUGAGGUCCAUUUCAUGUACACUACGGUAUCUUAUGUGUGUUGAUUUCCACGUUCCACUUUUCUGUCUUGCUCUACGCACACACACUGCAGAGUUUUUUUCUGUGUAGUCAGAAACAUAAGGUACCAUUGUUUCUGUGUGUGUUAUCCAGGUUCGACGGACUGCAUCUGCUAUGCAACUGUAGGCAUCAAUGAUCCUGUGACCUCAGCCUUACACAUCAUAGUGGGUGAGUGCAGUUAACCAUAUUGAAAUAUUGGCAGCACUUCCCAUUAAAAUGCCUUUAAAAGUGACUCUAAAGGAAGUGUAACUGAAAUUAUACUGCACCGAUAAGUAGCGUAAGCCACCUUUAUCACUGUUCCAGGUAAUUCCCCAGGACUCUAUUGUGCAUAGAAAUGUGUGUCACGUUUGUUACUUCUAUGCUAACCCUACCACACACUCAGCUGAUAAGAGGAAACUGCUGGAGGUGUGUGUAUGAGUGGGCAUGUAUGUGAGUUAAUAAUAUAAUAUAAUAUGCCAUUUAGCAGACGCUUUUAUCCAAAGCGACUUACAGUCAUGUGCGCAUACAUUUUUACGUAUGGGUGGUCCCGGGGAUCGAACCCACUACCCUGGCGUUACAAGCGCCAUGCUCUACCAAUUGAGCUACAGAGUUUGAGCGCAUGUGGGUGGGUGUGUUCAAGCACUGGUGUGUAUCAGUAGAGGCUGGUGGGAGGAGCUAUAGGAGGACAGGCUCAUUUACAAUAUGGAAGCCACAUGUUUGACUUCGUUCCAUUUAUUCCAUUCCAGCCAUUACAAUGAGCCGGUCCUCCUAUAGCUCCUCACACCAGCCUCCACUGGUGUGUAUGUUUAUAGUAAAAAUACACAAAUCCGUCACAACCUUUGUAGGACACUGUACUACACACAUUAUCUGUGGAGGAUCACUCAUACUAGACUUUGGGGCGUGUCUUCACAGGAGAUGCCCAGCCAAUGGACGUGUGCUCGGUCCAUCACAACAACACAUUCCUGAGGUACUCUGUGUCCCUGCUUGGGUACGGUUUCUAUGGCGACGUGCUGGCAGACAGCGAGAGGAAACGAUGGAUGGGACCAGCCAGAUACGACUUUUCAGGUAGGUCAGAAGAGUAGCUUUAACACUUAGGAAACAUCACUUUGAUACUGUUGCGGUAGACUGUUGCCAUUGGUUGCUAAUGAUAUUGUAUGCUAUUGUUUGUGCAGGUUUUAAGACGUUUCUCACACAUCACUACUAUGAAGGGACUGUGUCUUUUCUACCAGCAACUGACAUACUGGGAACACCACGAGACAAGACCAGGUGUAGAGCUGGGUAUGUACAACUGGACAAAUGCAACCUGUCCAAUAAUAUCCACAACCAAUUGUGUAGUUUAGUAUUAUACCCAUGUUUGUCUAUGUAAAUAUCAUCUAGAUGGUGCAAAGCAAAUUGCUCAUUUGGCUAGCCAACUCCAUUCUCCCCUGUCCUCACUCCAUCCCUGAUUUCCAGGUGCUUCAUAUGCCAACACAACGGACAGCUGUAUUCCGAGGACGCCCCAGAGAUUUGCAAGACUGAUCCAGAUGUCUCAGACAGUGGUAAGUAUUUCUGGCUGAACACCAAUUAACCUCAAGCCCACACACCAUGGGUCUCUACAAAAACCUACACUAUGCAUUUACCUCAAAGCACCAACCUCUAUUUCUGCUCUAUCCCAGAAUACGAAGGGGGAUGGCGGGUGAUCAGAGGGAAAUUCCUGGCCAUCAACGCGGCCAGUAUGAGCUGUGCCUGUCCCCGUAGCCCCAAGGGCCUGUCCCCCGCCGCCCACCUCGCUGACGGCACCACCGACCUCAUCCUCGUGCGCAAGUGCUCCCGAUUCAACUUCCUGCGCCACCUGCUACGCCACACCAGCAAAUACGACCAGGUAACCACACUGGAUGGGGCUAUUGCAAUGAUGUCAUGUUUUUUAUGGCUACUCCAACCCGGGUCCAUAGGAGUGUUUGCAUGAGAUGGUUAACACUUCAAUUCCCUGUAUCAGGGAGUUCACUCUCUCACUUCUGUCUCUUUCCCCUUCAGUUUGACAUGACCUUCUCUCUUUCCCCUUCAGUUUGACAUGACCUUCUGUCUCUUUCCCCUUCAGUUUGACAUUACCUUCUGUCUCUUUCCCCUUCAGUUUGACAUGACCUUCUGUCUCUUUCCCCUUCAGUUUGACGUGACCUUCUGUCUCUUUCCCCUUCAGUUUGACGUGAUCUUCUGUCUCUUUCCCCUUCAGUUUGACGUGACCUUCUGUCUCUUUCCCCUUCAGUUUGACAUUACCUUCUGUCUCUUUCCCCUUCAGUUUGACAUGACCUUUGUAGAAGUGCACCGUGUGCGGCGUUUCCACUUCACGCCGCGCCACUGCCAGAGCGACUCAGAGCUGGACCUGAGGGAGAACGGCAAGCGGCUUUUCAGCCAGAUCUGCCGAGACCACCCGGCCUGCAGCUGCAGCCCUGCCUACAGCAGCUGGAACUGUGACGGCGAGAUCCUCCCCCAUGCAGCCAUUGAAGUUGGGUACGUCACCACUCCCUAUAACCUGCUGUGCAAAUAUACAAUGCAUUUAAAAAGUAUUCAGACCCCUUCUUUUUUUCCACAUUUUGUUACGUUACAGCCUUAUUCUAAAAUGGAUUAAAUUAAUAAAAAUCCUCAUCAAUCGACACACAAUACCCCAUAAUGACAAAGCGAAAACAGGUUAAGUAAAAAACAGAAAUACCUUAUUUACAUAAGUAUUCAGACCCUUUGCUAUGAGACUCGAAAUUGAGCUCAGGUGCAUCCUGUUUCCAUUGAUCAUCCUUGAGAUGUUUCUACAACUUGAUUGGAGUCCACCUGUGGUAAAUUCAAUUGACUGGACAUGAUUUGGAAAGGCAGACACCUGUCUAUAUAAGGUCCCACAGUUGACAUUGCAUGUCAGAGCAAAAACCAAGCCAUGAGGUCGAAGGAAUUGUCCGUAGAGCUCAGAGACAGUAUUGUGUUGAGGCACAGAUCUGGGGAAGGGUACCAAAACAUGUCUGCAUCAUUGAUGGUCCCCAAGAACACAGUGGCCUCCAUCAUUCUUAAAUGGAAGAAGUUUGGAACCACCAGGACUCAGCCAAACCACCAAGACCCGCCUGGCCAAACUGAGUAAUCGGGGGAGAAGGGCCUUGGUCAGGGAGGUGACCAAGAACCCGAUGGUCACACUGACAGAGCUCCAGAGUUCCUCUGUGGAGAUGGGAGAACCUUCCAGAAGGACAACCAUCUCUGCAGCACUCCACCAAUCAGGCCUUUAUGGUAGAGUGGCCAGACGGAAGUCACUCGUCAGUAAAAAGCACAUGACAGCACGCUUGGAGUUUGUCAAAAGGCACCUAAAGACUCUCAGACCAUGAGAAAAAGAUUCUCUGGUCUGAUGAAACCAAGAUUGAACUAUUUGGCCUGAAUGCCAAGCGUCACGUCUGGAGGAAACCUGGCACCAUCCCUACGGUGAAGCAAGGUGGUGGCAGCAUCAUAUUGUGGGGAUUUCUUUCAGCAGCAGGGACUGGGAGACUAGUCAGGAUCGAGGGAAAGAUGAACGGAGCAAAGUACAGAGAGAUCCUUGAUGAAAACCUGCUCCAGAGCGCUCAGGACCUCAGACUGUGGCGAAGGUUCACCUUCCAACAGGACAAUGACCCUAAGCAUGCAGCCAAUACAACGCAGGAGUGGCUUCGGGACAAGUCUCUGCAUGUCCUUGAGUGGCCCAGCCAGAGCCCGGACUUGAACCCGAUCGAACAUCUCUAGAGAGACCUGAAAAUAGUUGUGCAGCGAUGCUCCCCAUCCAACCUGACAUAGCUUGAGAGGAUCUGCAGAGAAGAAUGGGAGAAACUACCCAAAUACAGGUGUGCCAAGCUUUGAGGCUGUAAUCGCUGCCAAAGGUGCUUCAACAAAGUACUGAGUAAAGGGUCUGAAUACUUAUGUAAAUUUGAUAUUUCAGUUUUUAUUUGGUUUAUUUUAGAAGAAAAAAACUGUUUUUGCUUUGUCACUAUGGGGUGCUGUGUGUAGAUUGAGUGGGAAAAAACGAUUUAAUCAAUUUUAGAAUAAGGCUGUAGCGUAACAAAAUGUGGAAAAAGUGAAGGGGUCUGAAUACUUUCCGAAUGCACUGUAACCCACUUCUGAAAGCGCAGUGCAAAAAAUCAACAUUUUGAUUUCUUGCCUUUGUUUUAAGCAAACAAUCUCUUUUUUGUCUUCUGCUCUUACAGAGUGCACUGCCAGUUGAUCAAGCUGUUUGCGCGAGGGAUCGAAGAGCAGCCUGUGUUUGAGGACCUUGCCAACCCGUGUGCAAUA